CCAUCGGCAUCCCUGCAGGAUCACCUGCAUCCCCCCUCCCGGCCCCAGACAUCCCUGUGCACAGCCCCGGGGCCGGGGGCGGCUUCGCCUCCUCUUCACCCUUAAAGCGACAGCGCAGCAGGGCCGUGGGCGCACCGCGAGCCCCCCACGCCCGGCCCCCAUCGCUUCAGUUCAGUAUCAAGCAAAGCUCCAAAGGGCACCAUUAACCAAGGAAAUAAAAAGUCCUGGUUGCUGACGCAGGCAGGACGGGAGCCAGGCACCGUCCCCGGCGGGUCCCUCCAUCACCGGGGGGCUGCCGAACCCCCCCGGGGCAGGGGGGCGGGUCUCGGUUGCUGCGCCCCCGGGAGCUGCCGGCGGCUGCCUGCGGGGGGGUCCCGCGGUCGGGGCCGGGCGGAUCUUUGAGCGUCUGAGCAGAGAUGCAAUUAUAUGCACUACUUCAUUUAUUUGGCUGUCCAGUCGCGCUGAUCAGACUUGGAAAUUAAGAGGCAUGCGGUUCGAGGGAUCCUGUCAAAUCACAUUUAGCCCAGCUCUCCCUGCUUGGAAAUGCAGCUUUUUUACAUGACCCGCAGCUACAAAACAACUUUCUGCUGCUCUUCCUAAAGAAUAAUGAGAAAAAAAGAACAACAACAACAACAAAAAAGCAGCCAGUGGAAAGGGGUGAGGGCAAAACCAGUUCCUCAGCUCUAUUUCCAGCCUGAACUCAGCAGCUGUGAGUCUCCUGGCGCUGGAAAACCCUCGCCCUUAUGGCAGGGGGGUGAGGGUGCUGGGGCACAGGCAGCUCCUCGUGUGGCAGAGCCCUCGAGGGAGCCCCGGGAAGGAGGACAGGGGAAGGUGCUGCGGGAUUUGGCAGUUAUUUUUCCAGCUGAGGGCCGGCAGGAUUUGCAAACCUCCUCCCCCGGUUUGGGACAGAGCUAAAAAUGCCUCUCGCCACACCCUGGGCCCGCAGCCUCACGUGCCGGGGCUGCGGCUGUGCGGGGCAGAUAAGGCCGUGCCGGGCAAUCCUGACCCCGGCCCCAGCGAGGAGGGAGCCACGGCCACCCCGGCCCGUCAGCUCCAGCAUCCGCCGGGAUGGAAGCCCCACGGAGAGCUGCGGCUGGGAGGAAGCUUCUCGCUCCUUAUCUCGCCCCAAAGAUGGAAAGAAGAAGUUUCUCAGCAGCGAAUAAGCCCCAAGGUGACAGCUAUGGGGUGCUGCCCCGGCCCUGCCGAGCUCUGGUGCUGCUGAACCCGCAGAGCGGGGCCGGCCGCGCGCUCGAGGACUUCCAGGCAGUGGUACAGCCCAUGCUGGACGAGGCCGAGAUCACCACCACCCUCUUCAUCACCGAAAGACCCCACCAUGCCCAUGAGAAGAUGCGGGAUGAGGACCUGUCGCAGUGGGACACGCUGGUGGUCAUGUCAGGGGAUGGGCUGCUGUAUGAGGUGGUGAACGGGCUGAUGGAGCGGCCGGACUGGGCAGAGGCUGUGAAGAAGCCGCUGUGCAUCCUGCCAGGGGGCUCUGGGAACGCUCUGGCUGCCUCCAUCAACCACUACGCAGGCAACGAUCAUGUGGCCAAGAAGAAGCUGCUGACGAACUGCACCUUCAUCCUGUGCAAGGGGCUGCACACGCAGAUGGACCUGCUCUCGCUCAGCACGGCCUCGGGCAAGCGCCUCUUCUCCUUCCUGGGCUUCGGCUGGGGCUUCAUCUCGGACGUGGACAUCGAGAGCGAGAAGUACCGGCGGCUGGGCAACGCCCGCUUCACCCUGGGCACGCUGCAGUGCCUGGCCAAGCUGCGCGUGUACCAGGGCCGCCUCUCCUACCUGCCCGCGGGCCCCGAGCAGGACCCUCCCGCGGCAGCCCGGGACGCCCCCGUGCCCGUCACCAACGGCCAGCCCGGCCCUGUGCCCGCGGACUCGCUGCUGGUGCCGCUGUGCCAGCCGGUGCCGCCGCACUGGACCGUGGUGCCCGAGGAGGAGUUCGUCACCGUCUACGCCAUCUACCAGUCCCACCUGGGCACCAACCUGCUGAUGGCGCCGGCGGCGCGGCUGCACGACGGCUGCAUCCACCUCUUCUACGUGACGGGCGGCAUCGGGCGCGUGGCGCUGCUGAAGCUGUUCCUGGCCAUGGGCCGGGGCACGCACCUGGAGCUGGGCUGUGCCCACCUGCGCUACGUGCGCGCCCGCGCCUUCCGCCUGGAGCCGCGCUCGGCCGCGGGCAUCAUGACGCUGGACGGGGAGGCGCUGCCCUGCGAGCCCGUGCAGGGCCAGAUCCACGGCCGCCUCUGCCGCGUCCUCAGCGGCUCCUGAGCGGCCGAGCUCUGCCCUCCCCUCUCCGUCCCACCACCCCGGCACUGAGCUGCUGGCACGGCCCAGCGUGAGGGUGGCAGAGCCUUCCUCCCACUCAGGAACGACCUCCUCCUCUUCCUCUCGUAGCAAUAGCUCUUGGGGGCCGUGGGCGCUCACCCCCUCCCUUGCCCCCACACUUAGCUUUACGCCCUUGGGACAGCCACCAGCGCUGGCCCAGCGGAGGAGCCCCGAGCCCGUCAGGUACUGGGUGCCGCUGAGCUGCCCGUCUGCUACCCCGGUACGAGGCCCCGGGCGGCUGCGCUGGCACAGCCCCGUCCGGCAGCCACCCGCCGUGGCAUCGCUCCCGUCCCUGCCCCGGGGCCGCUGCCACCCCAGGGAUGGUCAGGACCAAGAGAUCUCAUCCAAGACAUCGACUUUUGUAAGGAUGUUUGUACCCAAAGCUUCCUGUAGGAGCAGAGUUUAUUCUUGUGAGAAAUGCAAUAAAUAUCCAGCGUUUGCAGAAAACACAAA